GGACAGGCCGAGGCCGAGGGUGGGAGACGGGGCGGUGGGGAGAGGAAGCCGCUGAUGGGAGAGCGGCGGUGAAGCGGCAGCCGGUCAGGAUGGACGUGGAGGAGGAGCACAUGACGACGCUGCUGUGUAUGGGCUUCUCGGAGCCCGCCACCAUCCGCAAGGCGCUCCGCAUGGCCAAGAACGACAUCAACGAGGCCGUGGCCCUGCUCACCAACGAGAGCCCGGGCCUGGGCUACGAGCCCAUCGAGAGCGGAGACCGGCUGGGCGGCGGCGGCGGCUCUACCAGCGGCGGCGGCGGAGGCGGUGGCGGCGGCGGCGGAGGAGGAGGAGGAGGAACCGGGGGUGGGACCGGCUCCCGCGGAGGCGGAGGGGACUAUAGCCGGAGCGGGUUCGACCCGCCGCCCGCCUACGAUGAGGUGGUGGAGGUGGAGAGGAGUAAUGACGAGAAUGGAAACUGUUCAGAAAACAUUGAAUUUCCCACCACAAAUUUGUACGAACUGGAGAGUCGUGUGUUUACUGAUCACUGGUCCAUCCCUUACAAACGCGAGGAAUCGCUGGGCAAGUGCCUGAUUGCAUCCACGUGCCUCGCACGGCUCGGUCUUGCUGAUGCCGAUGAAAAUUGCAAACGGUUCAUGGACAGGUGUAUGCCAGAAGCUUUCAAAAAGUUGCUGACAUCAAGUGCUGUCCACAAAUGGGGUACUGAAAUCCACGAGGGCAUCUACAACAUGCUGAUGCUGUUGGUGGAUUUGGUUGCUGAGCGAGUCAAACAGGACCCAAUACCCGUUGGCCUUAUGGGAGUCCUCUCAAUGGCUUUCAAUCCAGAUAAUGAAUACCAUUUCAAGAACCGAAUGAAAGUGUGCCAGAGGAGCUGGACAGAUGUUUUUGGUGAUAGUAAAUUAUACGCUGUCUCACCACCAGCUAAUUUACAGAAGGAACCACACGGGUGGCUCAUAGAUCUGGUUAAUCGGUUUGGUGAGAUGGGCGGCAUCACAGAUCAGACCAAACUUGGUACAGAGGAUAUCGAAACUGCAGCAGUUUCUGCAUUGGUGCAGCCGCUGGGAGUGUGUGCUGAGUAUUUAAACCCAGCAGUAGUACAGCCCAUGCUGGACCCUGUCAUUGAUAAGAUGAUUCGAUAUGUACAAAGUUUGGAGGAAAAGGAUCUAAAAGACAAGAGACUGGUGACUAUUCCAGAGCUCCUCUCUGCUAUUAAAUUGCUGUGUAUGCGGUUUCAGCCAGACUUGGUAACCAUUGUAGAUGACCUUCGACUGGAUAUCCUCCUACGCAUGUUAAAAACACCCCACUUCAGUGCAAAAAUGAAUUCACUGAAAGAGGUUACGAAACUGAUCGAAGAUAGUACAUUGUCAAAAUCUGUGAAAAAUGCAAUUGAUACAGAUCGGUUGUUAGACUGGCUGGUAGAAAACUCAGUACUAUCAAUAGCACUUGAAGGAAACAUUGACCAGGCACAAUACUGUGACAGAAUAAAAGGAAUUAUUGAGCUCCUCGGUAGUAAACUCUCCUUGGAUGAACUUACUAAGAUCUGGCGCAUACAGGCAGGGCAAUCGUCAACUGUUAUUGAAAAUAUCCAUACCAUUGUUGCUGCGGCUGCCGUGAAGUUCAGUUAUGACCAGCUUAACCAUCUCUUUUUACUGAUACAGAAGAGUUGGGAGAUUGAGAGUGACCGAAUUCGGCAAAAACUGCUCAGCCUUAUAGGAAGGAUUGGCCGAGAAGCUCGUUCAGAAACUACAACAGGAAAGGUUCUGGAAGUGCUAUGGGAACUUGCGCAUUUACCGUUACUACCCACAAACUUAGUCCAGCAGGCACUGGAGGAACAUCUCACAAUACUCAGUGAAGCAUAUGCAGUGAAGGAACAAAUCAAGAAAAGCUACAUCAUCAAAUGUAUAGAAGAUAUUAAGAAGUCAUCCCAGCAAAGUAACCAGCAGCCAGUUUGGGUGGUUCCAGCUUUGCGUCAACUUCAUGAGAUUACUAGGUCCUUUAUCAAACAGACCUAUCAGAAACAAGAUAAGAGCAUCGUCCAGGAUUUGAAGAAGAACUUUGAAAUCGUGAAGUUGGUGACUGGGAGUCUGGUAGCAUGUCAUCGACUAGCUGUUUCUGCAGCAGGCCUAGCAGGGCUUACAGGCUUGACUUUGGUAGAUGGCAGAUAUACCCAUCAGGAAUACCUGGAAGCUCACCUGAAGUUCCUUGCAUUUUUCCUUCAAGAAGCCAGCCUUUACAUUGGCUGGAAUCGGGCCAAAGAAAUCUGGGAAUGCCUGGUUUCCGGACCUGAUAUUUGUGAGCUGGAUCGGGAGCUGUGUUUUGAAUGGUUUACCAAAGGACAGCACGACCUUGAGAGUGAUGUGCAACAGCAACUCUUUAAAGAGAAAAUCCUCAAGCUGGAGCCCUACGAGAUCACCAUGAAUGGGUUUAAUCUCUUCAAAGCUUUCUUUGAGAAUGUAAAUCUAUACGAUCAUCGAUUAAAACGACAAGGGACGCAGUUGCACGUAGAAAAGCUUGAGCUAAUAGGAAUGGACUUUAUCUGGAGAAUUGCCAUGGAGUCGCCGGAUGAAGAAAUUGCCAAUGAAGCAAUUCAGCUGAUUAUUAAUUACAGCUAUAUCAGCCUAAAUCCCCGACUAAAAAAGGACUCUGUUUCACUGCAUAAAAAAUUUAUAGCAGAUUGCUACAAGCGCUUGGAAGCUGCCAGUUCAGCUCUAGGAGGCCCAACUCUGACGCACGCUGUUACUAGAGCAACCAAAAUGUUAACAGCUACAGCUAUGCCGACUGUGGCUACAUCAGUGCAGUCACCAUCCAGGUCAACUAAACUGGUCAUCAUUGAGCGGCUGCUGCUGCUUGCAGAACGAUAUGUGAUCACAAUAGAGGAUCUGUACUCUGUUCCUCGGACUAUCCUACCUCAUGGUGCCUCCUUCCACGGACAUCCUCUAACACUCACCGUUAUCUGUGAGUCCACAAAAGACUCCUUUAGUAUAGAGGCUCAUAGCAAUGAGACUGUUGGGAGUGUUCGGUGGAAGAUGGCAGAGCAUCUCAGCUGUCCUGUGGACAAUGUGCAUAUAUUUGCCAAUGACAGUCUGCUGACCAUGAACAAAGAUCAAAAGCUUUUGCAUCAACUGGGAUUUUCAGAUGAGCAAGUACUUACUGUAAAGACACCUGUAAUGGGAACCCCUUCGGGCACAUCAGUUGACCCGUCAGCCAGUGGCAGCAGCAGUGUCUUCAACUCUGCUUAUGCUAUGGAACAGGAGAAGUCUCUGCCUGGGGUAGUGAUGGCACUGGUGUGUAACGUAUUUGAUAUGCUUUACCAGCUUGCCAAUCUUGAGGAGCCACGGAUAACCCUACGGGUUCGAAAGUUGCUGCUACUAAUUCCAACUGACCCUGCCAUCCAGGAAGCCCUGGAUACACUUGAUGCUUUGGGCAGAAAGCAAAAAACCCUGCUGACAGAUUCUUCCAGUCAUCAAGCUUCCAAGUCCCCCUCGCUUUCCUCCAAGCAACAGCACCAGCCAAGUGCAAAUACCAUUCUGGAGAGUCUGUUCCGAUCAUCUGCACCAGGAAUGUCCACCUUCAGAGUGCUGUAUAACCUUGAGGUUCUCAGUUCCAAGCUGAUGCCCACUUCAGAUGACGAGAUGGCAAGAAACUGUGCUAAAUCUUUCUGUGAAAACUUCCUCAAAGCGGGAGGGCUGAGUUUGGUAGUGAAUGUAAUGCAGAGAGAUUCCAUUCCAUCUGAGGUGGAUUAUGAGACGAGGCAGGGAGUGUACUCGAUCUGUUUGCAGCUUGCAAGGUUUCUAUUAGUUGGACAGACUAUGCCUUCUUCUCUGGAUGACGAUUUCCUGAAGGAUGGAAUGGAAGCCCUAUCCUCCCGGCCGUUCCGUAAUGUUAGCCGGCAAAGCAGCCGUCAGCUGUCAGUGUGUGGGAACCAAGACAAGUCCACAAUGAGGCAGAUUUCUUUGACGUCAGACAGGUCAUCCAUCCGGAUUGAGGAAAUUAUACCUGCUGCUAGAGUAGCAAUACAGACAAUGGAAGUAAAUGACUUCACCUCGACAGUGGCGUGCUUCAUGCGGCUCACCUGGGCCGCAGCGGCUGGACGCCUUGACCUGGUCGGGAGUUGCCAACCGAUUAGAGAGAGCACCAACUCCCUGUUUGCUGUUGGCGUUCGAAGUCGGCUCAGCAGUUCAGGCAGUACGGGCAGCACUGGAAGUGAAGGAGAAUCGACGACACUUCACGCCGGGAUCUGUGUGAAGCAGCAUUCAGUCUCCACCAAAGACACCCUCAUUGCUCGAGAGGCCUUAUCUCUUCUGGUCACUUGUUUACAGCUUCGGUGCCAGCAAUUAGGUUCUUUUUAUAAUCUUCCUUGUGUGAGUGAUUUUACCAUCGACAUUCUGCUUGGGUCUCCCAGUGCUGAGAUCAGGAGGGUAGCCUGGGAUCAGUUGUAUACUCUGAGUCAGACAGAUACCUCCACAAACCCAGAAAUCCAGAAGCCCAAUCAGUUCCUGCUGCGAGUGGUUCUGACAGCACAGCUACCCCUCUGGUCCCCGACCAGCAUCAUGCGGGGAAUCAACCAAAGGCUUUUGUCCCAGUGCACAGAGUAUUUUGGCUUGAGGUGCCAACUGUUGGAUGACUUAACAUCUUCCGAAAUGGAACAACUGAGCAUCAGUCCUGCUGCUAUGUUGGAAGAUGAAGUUAACUGGCUCGACAAUUUUGAGCCCACAUGGACUGCGGAAUCUGAGACCAGCGAGUCAGAUAAUGUUCUGCUUGCAGGACAUCUGCGCCUUAUCAAAACUCUGCUGUCUCUCAGUGGCCCAGAAAAGGAAUUGCUCGGCCAAUCUUUAAUCAAACAGUUGAUGGAAGACUUCCUGUUUCGUGCUUCCAAGAUCAUCUUGACCAGUCACAGUACAGCUGGGAGCCAUUCGCUCAGUCAACAAGAUUUCCAUCCAAAGUGUAGUUCGGUAAAUAGCCGACUUGCUGCUUAUGAGGUGCUGGUUAUGCUCGCAGACAGCUCUCUGAGUAACCUCCAACUCAUCUGUGGUGAACUUCUCUCAAUGCACCAUCAGUUUGAUCCUGAACUCACAAAGGAGUUUGAGUAUUUGCCUCCUGUUGACAACCGCUCGGUCUCUGGGUUUGUGGGACUGAAGAAUGGAGGAGCCACUUGCUAUAUGAAUGCAGUGUUUCAGCAGCUUUACAUGCAGCCUGGAUUACCAGAGGCAAUGCUUUCAGUGGAUGAUGAUGCUGAGAAUCCAGAGGAAAAUGUGUUCUAUCAAGUUCAAUCCCUGUUUGGGCACCUGAUGGAAAGCAAACUCCAACACUAUGUUCCAGAGAUCUUUUGGAAGAUCUUCAAGAUGUGGAAUAAGGAGCUGUACGUGCGGGAGCAGCAGGAUGCAUACGAGUUCUUUACCAGCUUAAUUGACCAACUGGAUGAGCACCUUAAGAAACUUGGACGUGAACAGUUUUUUAAGAACACUUUCCAGGGCAUCUUCUCUGACCAGAAGAUCUGCAAAGACUGUCCUCACAGAUAUGAACGUGAGGAAGCUUUCAUGGCACUGAACCUGGGAGUAACAUCUUGCCAAAGCCUGGACAUCUCAUUGGAUCAGUUUGUAAGAGGGGAAGUGCUUGAAGGAGGCAAUGCCUAUUACUGUGAAAAGUGUAAAGAAAAGAGGACAACAGUGAAGCGGAUGUGUAUCAAAUCAUUACCCAACGUGUUAGUCAUCCAUUUGAUGAGGUUUGGAUUUGACUGGGAAAGUGGACGUUCAAUCAAAUAUGAUGAACAAAUACGAUUUCCUUGGCUUUUGAACAUGGAGCCGUAUACAGUGUCUGGAAUGGCACGGCAGGAGCUCUCUUCUGAACACGGUGAAAAUGGUAAAAUGGGUGAUCACAUGGGCGGAGGGUCUCCUAGGAAGAAAGGAGCACCGACUGAAAACUACGAACUGGUGGGCGUGAUUGUUCACAGUGGCCAAGCACACGCUGGUCAUUACUACUCCUUCAUCAAGGAUCGGAGGGCCGGUGUUAAAGGGAAAUGGUAUAAGUUUAAUGAUACAGUGGUGGAGGAGUUUGAUCUAAAUGAUGAGUCCCUGGAGUACGAGUGUUUUGGUGGAGAGUACAGACCCAAAGUCUACGAUCAAUCCAACCCCUAUCCUGAGGUCCGCCGCCGAUAUUGGAAUGCCUACAUGCUGUUUUACCAGAGAACAAUGGACCAAAACUCCCCAGUUUUACCAAAGAAAAGCCGAGUUAGUGUUGUUCGGCAAGAAGCAGAGGAUCUCUCAUUGUCGGCCCCAUCCUCCCCAGAGGUGUCGCCUCAAUCAUCCCCUCGUCCUCACAGGUCAAACAAUGACCGCCUCUCGCUAUUGACUAAGCUGGUGAGGAAGGGAGAGAAGAAGGGUCUUUUUGUGGAGAAAAUGCCAACCAGAAUCUACCAGAUGGUACGAGAUGAGAACUUGAAAUUUAUGAAGAAUCGCGAUGUGUUCAACAGUGACUACUUCAAUUUUAUUCUCUCGUUGGUUUCAGUCAAUGCAACUAAACUGAAACAUCCCCAAUACCAGUCCAUGGCAAAGGUCAGCCUGAGACUUGCCAUCCAGUUCCUCUUCCAAACUUAUCUACGAACCAAGAAAAAACUCAGGGUGGAUACAGAAGAAUGGAUCGCCACCAUCGAUGUGCUGGUGUCUAAAAGCUGCGAGGCUUGCCAAUGGCUGAUUGAAUUCCUCAUUGGAUCUGAGGGACGGGAAUUAAUAAAGAUCUUUCUUCUGGAAUGCUGUGUAAGGGAAGUCCGAGUGGCUGUUGCUACCAUCCUAGAAAAAACCCUUGAGAGUGCCUUGCUUUAUCAGGACAAGCUGAAAGGACUGGACCAUUUGCUGGAGGUGCUGCUCGCCCUUCUCGACAAAGACGUGGCGGAGAACUGUAAAAACUGCUCCCAAUACUUCAUUCUCUUCAACAAUUUUGUACAAAAGGGUGUCAAGGCCUGUCAGCUGCUAUUCAAACACUCCGCAUUUAAGAGAAUGCUCAGUUUUUUGCUGGGUCCCCCAAGACAGAACAACCAGAAUCGACGAUGGAAUUCUGCACAGGCCCGUGAGUUCUGGUAUCUCCACACCACAUUAGCAUCACUAGUCCUGCUCUCUGACAUUUCAUCCCUAAUGACUAUUGAUCCUGGUCAGUAUAAACGGAAUAUACCAAACCCCCAAAUACCACUGCACCAAGAUGUGGAAGCUCUACUCUUCAGACACGAUGGUCAGGCUUACCUGCUUGAGGUUAUGUUUGCCAUGCGGGAGCUGACUGGGUCUCUGUUAGUCCUCUCUGAGAUGGCUACUUACUGCUGUUUCUGCAAUGAACAUUUUUCUCUUAGUGUGCUACAGAUGAUUAAGAAUCAGUUGGAGACAGCUCCGCCCCAUGAACUGAAGAAUAUCUUUCAACUACUGCAUGAAAUUCUGGUAAUUGAGGAUCCAUUGCAAUGUCAACGGCUGAAGUUUGCUUUCGAGUCAGAAAAAGGACUGCUGGCCCUAAUGCAUCAGAGUAACAAUGUUGACAGCAGUCGCUGCUACCAGUGUAUCAAAUUUCUGGUCAUCUUGGCUCAGAAGUGUACAGCUGCCAAGGAUUACUUUCGGGAACACCCACAUCACUGGAGCUGGGCUGUACAAUGGUUGCAGAAGAAGAUGUCUGAACAUUACUGGACCCCACAGAGCAACGUGUCAAAUGAAACCUCAACCGCAAAGACUUUUCAACGCACAAUAUCAGCACAGGACACAUUGGCUUAUGCCACAGCUCUCCUGAAUGAGAAGGAACAGUCUGGGAGCAGUAACGGGUCAGAGGGUAGCCCUGCCACAGAGAAUGGAGAUAGGACAUUAAGACAGGGCUCAGAAUCUCCCAUGAUGUUGGGUGAAUCCAGAAGUGACCUUGAUGAUAUGGAUCCAUAACGACAACUGGAACAAACAGCUGGCACAGAGAAUCCUCUAAAUAGUGUUGAAUCACGGAAUCCUUUUGACACUGAAAGACAGGGCAGAGUACCACAUGGCUUUGGAAAUGGAUCGGUUUAGGGAGAAUGUGACUCCCGGUUUGCAAACAGUGGGCCUUUAAGAACUGUUAAUGCAGUGAACUGAAUGUUCACUGACUAAAUAGUAGUAAACCUAAAUCCAAGUAUCUCUCCUCCUGUUUGUUGACUUUUGUCUGGGAAGAGAUAAUUAGUACUUGUGAAUAUUCAGUUGGAAAAACAAUUUUUUAUCUCAUGAUUUCAGUAGUAACUGCGGAAGGAUUGAUUAAAAUUUUAGUAAAAUCUCAUGGGGGUCAGGUUAGGGUUAGGGAGAGCUCACUGGAUAUUUGUAUAAUAGUUCCCAGAGGUUUUUUUUGAAUAACCAAAUGCUGUGUGGUCAUACAGUGACAUAGAUUUAAUUUUAUCUGUAUAAUAGAACAAACAUAUGGAUAACUGUUCUGUUCACAAUAGGUCAUGUAUUAUGUGUCUCAGAAUAUUUAGUAUGGUCCCAGGUGCUUUUUAUAAGAUUAAUUUUAUAAGAUGGGUAAGCGGGAGUGUUUUGAGCUAUUCUAAGAGUAUACCUCAUUGUAUACCUCAUUAAAAAGGCAACCUGGCACUUUAUUAAAUAUUACAUCUUUUAAUCAGUGCAAUUGUUUUUCUUUUUAAAUCCAUGUAAAUCCAUGUAACAGAAAAAAAAUUCCAACAAUAGUAACAUAUGUUCAUGCCACUGGGUGUUUAGGGAUUCUGAAGGUCCGAAUCUUUACCAUUUAUACCACAAGUGAUAGCAUUUUGAUUGAUGAGAUCUAAACUGAUAUUUCACCGACCAUAAUAUCUUUAUCAUGUCACAGUAACUAUUCCAAUGCCACAGCAAUUUCCUUCUGACGUAAAAUAGCUUAACUGUUUUCAGUGUUCAAAAUAACAAGUUAAUAUUUUUUAAAAUCACAUUGGUUUUUGACACCCAUAUGAUCUAAAUAGAACUGUAACGGGCAACUGUGUAAUAUUUAUUUCACCAAUGAAGGUCACCAACACCCACAAUCUCAUGCCUCAUACUUGUGGUUUAUGAGGUUAUCCUGAUCAGUAGGUUUGUUCAUGCAUAUUUAUGGACACAGAUCAUCCAUUACCUAGUAAUUAGUGCACAAGACAGUAAUCUAUCUGGGUUAAAUGGCAUUGAUGGCUUUCUUUGGAACCACUUCUAGUCAUUUAAAUCUUGGUAUCCAAUUACAAGCUUGAAAUAACUUGUAUUGCUCUUGUUUUGUUCUUGUGUUUUUAUGGUGAGACUCCCUUUUUUCUUCCCUUCCUCUUUCUAUUGAUCUUUCCAGGUCCUGCAUCAUGAAGGCUAAACUAGUGUGACCUGCUCUAAGCCACCUCCAAUGCUGCUCUGAAAUUGGCCUUUGUGGGAAGAGUGUGGCUGGUCUCGCUGACUGUCCAGCCUUGUGCAUUUGUGUGCGGGUGUCUCUCUCUCUCUCUCUCUCUUUCUCUCUGCUGAAGUAGUCAAGAUAAGUGAUCUUGGCACAUGGGAGAUUGCAGGCACAACCCUGCAUUUCACCACGGUGACCCUGCACCACAAAAGUGUCAUUUAUUUGAAUGUAUAUUGUUAUUUUAUGUUGUAUUUUUAAGUAACCAAUGUCCUGGUGGAUGCUGAUAUCCACUGUUUCAUGUCAUCUGAUGUGUGGUGUAUUCUAAUCUAAAGAGAAUCGAUUUUCUUUUACCCAUUUAAAGAUUAUAGAAUGAUCAAUAGAGAAAUAAUGCAGCUUGUUAUAUAAUCGGUGUUACACACUUGCCUGUUACAUAACCAUCUGUAAAAUUAUGAGAGCCCAUGUUAAUGCCAGAUGUAUGUUUCUUUUUGGAGGGGACGGUCAGAAAGAUUGAAAUAUCGUAUGUAAAUACAUUAAAACGUUACUACAGUA